AUGAUCAACCUCGACUCGUACUGUGAGAUCUGCCAGAAGGAGUUCUGCAACAAGUACUUCCUCAAGAAGCACAAGCAGAAGAUUCACGGGUACAUCUACAACGGCGACACGCCCAUUCCGCCGCCCAAUCUGGCGGCGCAGAUUGCCGCCGCCUCGCAGCAGCCCAACCACCCGGCGCAGCUGCAGCAGCUGCAGCAGUUGCAGAUGCUCCAACAUCAGAUGCAACUUCAGCAGCAGCAGCAGCAGCAGCAGUUGAGGAGUUCACCUGAUCUGGGCGAGGGUAAAGCCACUACUAGUCCAUUGUCACCAUCGGCGACCAACGGCAACGGCUCAACAGGUGGCCAACCGCAGCUUUCAACAAUUUUCGCCUAUGAUAAGGAUAAGACCGCAACAGGAGGCAUGAACUCAUCACAGACAUCGGAGACACCAAUUCAGGCAGAAAAUUCUUCAGCAGCAGCAGCACCCACACCCACACUAGCAACGCCGGGCGCGAUGGCGCCGGAGAAGCUGCGCUCGAUGGGCGUCAUCAACGCGGACGCCUUCUGCGAGAUCUGCUGCAAGGAGUUCUGCAACAAGUACUUCCUGCGGACGCACAAGAUCAACAAGCACGGCCUGCUGGACGGGCAGUCGAUACCGGGGCGCUUCCCGGUGGAGAGCCGCCUGACGGCGGGCAACGGGCCGAACGGACGGGCGCCCUUCAUGUUCAACUCCUCCUCCUCUUCAGCUGCCAACAGUGACUCGGGCAUGGAGCCCGGGCAGCGAGACCCGGCCAGCUAUGGAAAGAGUGGCGAGCAGUUUCUGGGCGCCUUUACCACCACCACCACCACUUCCGCCACUACUUCCGAGCAGAACAGCACUCCUUCAGUCAGUUGCGAGCUGUGCACUGCCGACCAGGCGCCGCACUCCUUUCCCAGCACCUACCUGCUCAACGUCCACAAGGCCUACUACCACGACAUUCCCUACGCCAGCCUUAAUGGGGGCGGUGGUGGUGAGGGCAUGGAAGGUGAGGGCGAGAAUGGUGCUGGAGAAAUGGAAGAAGGAGAAGUCGGUAAGAAGACACCUACUAUGGACCACUACAACUUUGAGGACGAUGAUAAUGAGGGUCGCCAAAGCGAAAACGAGCAGGAGGAGGAGGAGGACUCUGACGCCGAGGCGGAGGUGGGCAGCUGCAGUGUGCCGCCCUCGCUGCUGGUCAGCGCCGAGCUGAACAUGGUCGAACACGGCUGCGGCAACUCGCAGAGCUCACUCAAGUCCUCAAACUCGGCGGCAGCUAAAGGGAGCGAAUCAGCAGGUGGUCAGCAGCAGCAGCAGCAGGACCAGCUGCAGAAGCUGCACUCGAUGAUCAAGGGCCUGAUGCCUGGCAGUGGUGACAUGAACGACGAAGAGGGCGAGGAGGAGGAGGGGGAAGAAGGAGAGAGGAUCAGAAACGGAAAUAUGGACGAGGAGAACGGCAAGGUGAGCUGUCACAUCUGCAAGUACGACUGCGAGAAUCGGUACUACCUGCGCGCCCACCUCAUCAACGAGCACGGCUUUCCGCCCACCGAGGAGGCCUUCCUUGCGAUGCUGAACGCUACCGCCGGCCUCAACUUUCUCGACCGCCAGUCGCCCUCAAACUUCCUCAGCAGUCCUAACUUCAAAGGGGACGGCAGUCUUCCCGGGUUGGGGCUGCAAAGCGGCGGAAACGGAAGCAGCGAAGCUUACUGCGAGCUGUGCAACAAGGAGUUCUGCAGCAAGUACUUCCUCAAGACGCACAAGGCGCGCAUUCACAACAUUCACGAGCCGAACAACGGCAGCACCUCGGCGGGCGGCAGCAGUCCGUCGCACUCGAACAACAACAGCAACAGCGGCAUGGCCGAUCAGCAGAACCCCAAUCAGGCACUUCCUCCGGCGCUGCUGUCUUCGCUCUAUCAGGCGGCGGCUCUUCAGCAACAACAACAGCAGAGUGCCAAAUCUCAGCAGCAGCAGCAGCAGGGCAAAUUCAACCCCGGUCAGUCCUCAUUGCAUCAUCCCUCCUCGUCCUCCUCCAACAGCCCGACCUCCAUUCAGGCGACCAUCAAGGCGGCCCUCGCCGCUGGCCUCGUUCCCGGAGGAGGUCCUCAUGAUGGAGGUCAGCAGCACCCGUCAAUGCAUAUGAUGCCUUCCAGCCAUGGUCAACCUUCUUCUUCUGGUAAGUCCUCAGGAGGAGGAGGAGGAGGUGGAGGUGGUGGCUCCCGGGGGCCGGUGAUGACCGGCCGCAACUACUGCAACAUCUGCAAUAAGGAGCUCUGCAAUAAGUACUUCAUGAAGACGCACAUGCUGAAGAUGCACAACAUCAACAUUGACGAGCACCCCAUCGAGGCGCAGCAGUCGAGCACCAUCGGCGGGGUGACCUGUGACAUCUGCCAGAAGGAGCUGUGCAGCAAGUACUUCCUCAAGGUGCACAAGCAGAAUACGCACGGCAUCUACGAGGACGGGGCGGCGCCGCCGACACAAACACAAACACAAAUUCAAAAACAACGAUUCAUGGCUUAA